CAGUAGCUGCGCCGACAACAAUUGUGAAAAAGAAGGAGACCCAGAGCGCUAAACAGCUAGCACACAUUGUGACAACAAUGUAAUUAUUCAAAUUUCCAAGCGAAACAGGACUGCACGUCUUACUAUGAAACCAGCUUAAUUGGUUCGCCUACUCCAUGUGUCUGCAUCAAGGUGUCUGCAUUUCUCUCGGAAAAGAAAAGGUUAACGUAAAUGCUAGUGUUAGCACAGUCGCAUUUGUCAAUUUUCUAGUGCAGUUUAGAAGCGAUAUAUAUAAGCUCGAGCAGCUCAGGCCUGUCAGCGUACGGAAAAGACGAUGCAUGUGUGAAUGGAUGAAUGAACACGGCCACUAUGUCAGGAGGAUCAAACAAUGAGUUUUCCGGAUCGAGCCUGACCAGCGGCGGAACGGCGUCAUAUCGGAAAAAAGACGGGAGCCCAUCCGCCUUGUUCUGGGAGAGUCCGGAGACUUUAGUGCAGCUGGAGGGAGUGAGACAGUGGGUCGUCAAACAUUACAAAAAGUAUGUGCUUGUAGAUGCGCCAUCCUGUCAGGCCCUAGCCGCAGUGACCCUGCAGCUUCUCCAGUUUCAAGAAGAUGCUUUUGGCAAACAUGCCGUCAGCCCGUCUCUCACUAAACUGCCUACUCGGUGCUUCCUGGACUUGCGGCCAGGUGGCGGACUCUGUUACAUCCUUGGUAGUGCUUACAAGUUUAAAGCUGAGCAAGGCUGGCGAAGGUUUGACUUGCAGAACCCAUCAAGGACUGAUAAGAAUGUAGAAAUGUUUGGUGCGAUUGAAAGAGCACUUACACAGAACAAUUGCCUGUCGCUGCCUUUGGUUUUCCUGGACCUGUCUCUUGAUGAGGAGAUGGCGAGUAGAUUAAGUGGCAUCAUCAUCAAGCACCAGGGGUCACUCACUGAGGACCCAGCACUUGCCAGCCACCAUGUUACUCCUUUACUUCCGUCCUCAGAAGAUGACUGGAUGCGUCCAAUCAUGCGUAAACUAAACCACGUUUUGGUUCAUUGGGGCAGGCACCCUGACAGCUACGACAGUUGGGUGCCUGCGAGUGAAGUAGAAAAAGAAGUGGAAGAGCCACCACAGUCAGUGAAACCAUGCAGGGUCCAUGCUGGCUGGGUCCUGGAUACAGAUAUUUACAACGAGUGGAUGAACGAGGAAGACUACUGUGUGAAUGAAAGAAAUUCACAACAAAUGUUUCGUCAGCGCAUUUUCUUGCAAGAACAUCAGGAAACCAAGUCAACCCCCUUUAAAAAGAGGAAACGUUCCCCUUCUCCUUCCGCUGAAGGCAAGAAGAAAGGAAAGAAAGGGAGGAAACGUGGACAACCAGAAGAAGAGCCGGAGGAGGACCUGACCAAAGACAUGGAGGACCCCACUCCCGUUCCCAACAUGGAGGAGGUCAUUUUACCCAAAAUUGUGAACCUGAAGAAGGACAGUGAGAACACUCCUGUCAAAGGAGGAACAAUGGCUGACCUCGAUGACCAGGAUGAGGAUUUCCAAGGACGGGAUGAUGAGGACGGGAGAGUAGAAAUACCUCGCCUUCUGGAGGGGGAAGAAAACAUCGCCGAACAAACGCACCACAUUAUAAUUCCCAGCUACACUGCGUGGUACAACAACAACAGCAUCCAUGCAAUCGAGAAGCGAGCUCUGCCGGAAUUCUUCAAUGGGAAGAACAAGUCGAAAUCCCCAGAAAUCUACCUGGCAUACAGAAAUUUCAUGUUGGACACCUACCGGCUCAACCCCCAAGAGUAUCUCAGCUCCACGACCUGCAGACGCAACCUGACUGGAGAUGUCUGCGCCGUCAUUAGGGUCCACGCCUUUUUGGAACAGUGGGGUUUGAUUAACUAUCAGGUGGAUGCAGAGAGCAGACCGCUGCCCAUGGGUCCUCCUCCCACUCCUCAUUUCAAUGUGCUGGCAGACACCCCGUCUGGGUUGGCACCACUGCAGCACCGACCCUUGCAGGUGUCGGCGUCGCAGCACAUGCUUUUUUUCCCUGAGCGCCCCAGAGAGAAGCCGUCCGACUGUCAGAACUUUGGUUUGCGCACCGACAUCUACACCAGGAAACAUCCCAAGACUAAAGGGGCGAGUGCAGGCAGAGAGUGGACGGAGCAGGAGACACUUUUACUGUUGGAGGCUCUUGAAGUCUACAGAGACGACUGGAACAAAGUGUCGGAGCACGUGGGCUCCAGAACGCAGGAUGAUUGUAUCCUUCACUUCCUUCGUCUGCCGAUAGAAGAUCCAUACCUGGAGGAUUCUUCAGCGUCUCUCGGCCCACUCGCGUACCAGCCCGUGCCUUUCAGUCAGUCGGAGAACCCUGUGAUGAGCACCGUGGCCUUCCUCGCCUCCGUGGUGGAUCCACGCGUGGCUUCAGCCGCUGCCAAGGCCGCGCUGGAGGAGUUUUCCCAAGCCCAGGAGGAAUCAAUGGAAAAACUCUACAAUCAGCAUGAAAAAACUGAAGCCAUGGAUGUCACUAAAAUGGAGGCGAGCGCACAUCAGCUAAACGUGGACGGGCUGAAGGUGGAACUGGGAGCCACGAAAGCCGAGGCAGAACAUGUCAAAAGAGAAAAUGUGGAAAAUCUUGUUGAUGAGGACAGAGAUGGUGCCUAUCAACCUGAUGAAAUAUUCAGAUUAUACAAACAGGCCCGAGUUGAUAUCGAUCCGUCUGAUCCAGGAAGAGGAAAUGAGGAUGAGUGCUUGCAGCCACGGGAGGGCGAUGAAGGCCCCGCCACCCUGGAGCUGGACCUGGUGGAGAGCACGGUUGCCACGGCAGCAGCUUCCGCACUGGGCUCUGCCGCUACAAAGGCAAAGCACUUGGCCGCAGUAGAGGAGAGGAAGAUCAAGUCUCUAGUGGCUUUGCUGGUGGAGACGCAAAUGAAGAAAUUAGAGAUCAAACUGAGACACUUUGAAGAGCUGGAAACCAUCAUGGACCGAGAGAAAGAGGCGCUGGAGCAGCAGCGGCAGCAGCUACUGUCGGAGAGGCAGACUUUUCACACGGAGCAGCUCAAACAAGCAGAGAUGAAGGUUCGCCAGCAGAGGGAGCAGCCGGGAUUCACAGGGCAGCCGUCAGGGCAGCCAAUGGGCAACCGCUUGCUACCAGGAGGGACUCCGGUGACCCCCGCCCGACACUUGGGAGCCCCCAACGGCGUGUAUCCACAACCCGACGGUUCAGCACCAGCACAGCCAGGACCAACAGCAUCCUCCUGAAGUGACCACCAACCAAAGGAGAUGAUGACUGGUCCCUUAUCAACUCUGUCAAAGGAAAUGAGCAAAGCCGGCUUGUCAGUGAAAUUAUUAUUUAAUUUCCCUUAUUGUUCCCCCAAGCACCUAAACCACACUGCUGGUGUGAGUUUGUUUUACAGUUUGUCUAUUUCUUUUAAAAAUAUUUGUGACUACAUAUCUGAGUUGAGGAGUAACCAAUCUGUACUCCACUUAAAAUAGUUUUUUUUCAUACUAAACUGUUUUUUUGCAAAUACUGUGUGGCCUUUUUUGAUGGUUGUGUGUGACAAUUUAUUUACUAGUUUAAGAUGGAUACAGCAUUAUCUCAGGGAAGUCUUGUUGACUGAAUUAUCUGCGCUGAAGCGGGAGCCUUCAUGGAUUGAAGGAAACUACCAGCUGUAGUUUACCAACCAAUACAUGGUAUUGGUUGGUAUUCUUUCGUGAACAGAAACAGGGAAAAU